AUGGCUACUCCUCCGUUGGAUUUAUCCCAUCACUUCUCCUACGCCACUAAGAAGAGGGAGGCCAGCACCAUCAAGGAUCUAUACAAAUAUUUCCUCAUUCCAGGCAUUGCCAACUUAGCCGGCGGUCUUCCCAAUGCUUCCUACUUCCCUUACGAUACCAUCGAAGCAUCCGUCGCUCGUCCACAGCGCUUCCCGCCCUCGGAGGUAGAUGCGACGAAGAAAUCUGACGAUGCGCGCUCAUCCGCCCGGAUGACCAUCCCUAGGGAAAGUCCGACAGCCAAUCUACAAAAGAAGAUCGAUAUCACCACAGCCCUCCAAUAUGGAACCGUCGAAGGCCUGCCUCCCCUAGCCGAGUUCAUCCGACAAUUCACCCGCGUGCAUCUGCACCCUAACGUGCCCUACGCCAAAGGCCCCGAUACCCUCCUGACCUGCGGAUCCACCGAUGGCUUCUCCAAGGCCGUUGAAGCAUUCACCAAUAUCUGGGAUCCGGACCGCGACUGGUUGCGGCAUCGCGAGGGCAUCCUCUGCGAGGAGUUCGUGUACAUGAACGCCGUGGCUACCGUCAAGCCGCGUGGUCUCAAUGUGGCGCCGGUCGCGAUUGACGCGCAGGGUAUGCUGGCGCACGGUAAGGGGGGAUUGGCCGACGUGCUCAGGAACUGGGAUAACCGGAAAGGCCGCCGGCCGCAUCUUCUAUACACGAUCACGAUCGGCCAGAACCCAACGGGCGGUAUUCUGUCCGUCGAACGACGAAAAGAAAUCUACGCGCUCUGUCAACAAUACGAUAUUGUGAUUAUCGAAGACGAUCCGUACUGGAAUCUGCAGUAUCCGUCCGCGAAGAGUCUCGCGGCGGAAUACCGCGGCCCGUCGGUCGACACCGCGUCGCCGACGCGCAAUUACAAUGCCCACGGUCGGUCGUCGGGGUAUCAAUUCCUGGACUCUCUCGUCCCGUCGUAUCUCUCCAUUGACACGGACGGACGCGUCGUCCGCAUCGACACGUUCUCGAAAACCAUCGCGCCGGGAUGCCGCUUGGGAUGGAUUACCGCGCAGCCGGCCAUCAUUGAACGAGUCGCUCGCAUCGCGGAGACGACGACGCAGCAGCCCUCCGGGUUCGUUCAGGCCAUGGUGGCCGAGCUAAUCCUGGGACAGCAGACCGAUGAAACCGCCUCGACGACCAAGAAGCAGGGCGAUCAGGGUUGGCAAAUGGACGGCUGGGUGCGGUGGCUGGAGGGACUGCGAGGAGGGUAUGAGAAGCGCAUGCAGGACAUGUGCAGCGCGCUCGAAGAAGGCAAAUACCUCAUCGACGCCGGCGAUGACGCGGAAUCCGCGGACGAAAGUACCUGGGAGGUGGUGGAUAAGGUACAGCUGUACGAUUUUGUCUGGCCAGAGGGCGGCAUGUUCGUGUGGAUCAAGGCGGCCUUCGAGACGCAUCCCUUGCAUGGGACGUACUCGGUCGAGAAGCUGUCUCGCGCAUUCUGGGUGUUUUUGACGCAAGCUCCACAUCUGUCUCUGCUGGCCCCUGGUAGCAUGUUCUCUCCCUCGCAGCAGAUCACGGAUCGAUCCCAUCCCUACUUCAGACUGUGUUUCUCGGCAGUUCCGGGAGAUGAAGUCCGGAGUAUCACUGAGAGGUUGGUCGGUGGUUUCCGCGCAUUCUGGCAGGUGAAGGACUUAGAUGGCAUCGACGUUGAGGGUGACGUAUCAGAUGUGCUGCAGUCCUUGCAGGUGGAAAACCUGGGGAAUAUGCUGGGUAUGGGGUGUUAG